AUGCCCAACAAGACUCGCAAGAACGGCAAGGGCCCGACCGUGUCGAUCCCGACCGCAAGGGCGACCCGGUCGACGUCGAACAGCCCAAUCACGCCCAAGACGCCCAAGACGCCCAGGACGCCGAAGACACCCGCCGAUGAGGGCUUGGAGUUCUUCCAGUCCGCCGUUGGCGCGAACGAGGCGCCUUUGCACGUCUAUGAGCUCAAGCUCGAUGUCGAUGGCGGCCCCAGCAAGGAUCGCUCGUACAUCCGCCUCCCGCCCGCUUAUGUACCGUACAUCCUGCGCGUGUCCAUCGAUGCCGGUAUGCCCGCGUCGCGUAACGGCGUAUUCAAGACCAACUUCCCGCUCGAUGGAGGCAAGUUCGACAGGGAUCGCUUUGCAGAGCGAAAGCUUCCUACCGUGCUCUCCAAGCCUAUCCAGAUCGACUUGCCCAUCUCGCACGCUGGCGCCUUCGUCUUCUGGGUCGAGUACGAUGGUGCAGAGCAGGGCCAGCGCGUCAAGGGACCCGAGGGUUACUUUAACGUCGAUCCCGUGCUACGCGCCAAGGGCCGCUCGUCCAUCCUAACGAAGGACCUCGAGCCCUUGCCCCCCUCGAAGGGAGGUGUCAUCCAGGCCAAACAUGUGAACCUGCCGCUCGACGCCCUAUCCAUCCUUACGGUCGUGUCGAAGUGGAUGGGACCCAUGUCCGAAUGGCGCAAGCACUUCGAAGAGGCAAAGGAUCGUGGAUACACGAUGCUUCAUUACACCCCUCUGCAAGCGCGCGGCGAAAGCAACAGCCCUUAUUCCAUCAAGGACCAGCUCUCGUACGACGCCGACCUCUUUCAAGGAGGAAAAGUACCUUCCGACGGCGGCAAGGCGAAGGUGGAGGAAGUGCUGAAGGUGGCCCGCGAUGAAUACGGUCUUCUCAGCCUCACCGACGUUGUUCUCAACCACACGGCCAACAACAGCCCGUGGCUCGCUGAUCACCCCGAAGCCGGCUUCAGCCCCGCGAACACCCCUCAUCUCACUCCUGCGCUCGAGAUCGACAGCGCCAUGAUUGAAUUCUCUGCCACCCUUGAGUCUCGCAACCUGCCCACCCUUGUCAACUCCUCCCAGGACGUCGACGCUCUUAUCAGCGGCUUCGAUGGGGUCAUGAAGGGACUAAACCUCUGGCAGUACUACGUUCUCGACGUCACGCGCGAACGCGAGGCUGUCAAGGCCGCACUCUCGAGCAAGAAGGUCGAGCCCUGGGCAGGUGCCGACAUCGCUCGUAAAUCUGUCGUCGAACUCGCAGAGAUCGUCCGCUCGUCCGGCAAGGUCAAAGGCUUGGCUCAGUAUGCUUCCCGGUUCGGUGUCUCCGUUGAUGGCGCGGUCGCUGCAGGCAUAGUCCAGGCAGCUUUCGUGGACCUCUCGGAUGCGGAUGCUCUGGCCGACGCAUGGACGAAGGUUGUCGAUGUGCUUAACGUCCCGCUGUACCAGGAGUGGGAGGCGGACGUUAAGGUCGCCCUCGACAACAUCCGCAAUCGCCUUAACUACACGAGGCUCGACGAGCAUGGGCCGAAGAUGGGCAAGAUUACGAAAGAGUCGCCCUUGGUCGAGGUCUACUUCACCCGCAUUGCGCCUCACGCUGAUAAGGACCCACUGAAGUACUCGGUCGCAAACAAUGGCUGGAUCUGGAACGCGGACCCUCUACAGAACUUCGCGCUGCUGCCAUCCAAGGCUUACCUUCGGCGCGAGGUCAUUGUCUGGGGCGACUGCGUCAAGCUCCGCUACGGCGACGGACCGUCGUCCAACCCUUGGCUCUGGCAGCACAUGACGACCUACGUUAGCUCGCUCGCAGCUACUUUUGAGGGCUUUAGGAUCGACAACUGCCAUUCGACACCCCUGCACGUUGGCACACACAUGCUCGACGCCGCUCGCGUCGUCAACCCCGACCUUUACGUGUGCGCCGAGCUGUUCACGGGCAGCGAGGAGAUGGACCUGUACUUCGUGAAGCGCCUCGGCGUGAACUCGCUUAUCCGCGAGAGCUACAAUGGGUGGGACCCAAAGGAGCUGAGCCGUCUUCUGUAUCGCCAUGGUGUCGGCAAGCCCAUCGGUUCCAUGGACGGAGCCUGCAUGACCAGCACCGAAGAUGUGCCAUCUCCUACCGGAAAGGGUCCUGUCCGCAAGGCUCUUGUCAUCCCUCUUACCGGGUCCAUGCCGCACGCGCUCUUGUAUGAUCUUACGCACGACAAUGAGUCUCCGGCCGACAAGCGCUCCCCGGAGGACGCGCUGUCCACCGGCGCGUUGGUCACCUUCGCCCACUGCGCCAUCGGCUCCGUGAAGGGCUUCGACGACCUCUACCCGAAGCUGCUCAACCUCGUGGGCGAGAACCGUAAGUACGAAGUGACGGGCCUUGGGCCGCACAGCGGCGCUGCUCGGGUGAAGAGGGUUCUGAACUCGCUGCACAUGGAGAUGAUGCUCGGCGGGUACGUGGAGGGACAUGUCCACCAGGAGAACGACUAUAUUGUACUGCAUCGCGUGCACCCGGGUACCCAGAAGGGGUACUUGCUGGUGGCGCAUACGGCCUUUAGCAAGGGCAACAAGGAUAGAGGCCAGAUCUCGCCCAUCAAGCUUCGCCGCCAGCGUACGAAGUUCAUCAUGGGCGCCAUCAUCGAGGUCGAGGGCCACGACAACGCUGACCCCAAUACGCUGCACGGUCUACCCAGCAAGCUCGUCGACCUUGACCCAGUUAUUGUUCCCCAGGGGCUUGACCACGAAGGCCCGUACUCCGAAAUCGUAGUCCCGGAUUACUUCCCUCCGGGAAGCGUCAUGGUCUUCGAGACGCAGAUGCAAAAUUACGACUCGACGCUCGACACGUUCUGCGCUUCGGGCGCCGCGGAGACCUUCGAUGCGCUCAACCUCAUCGAGCUCAACGUCAUUCUUCACCGCGCGGCAGGCGAGGAGCGCGACGCGACAGACGGUGUCUUCGGCGCAUACAACGUGCCCAACCUCGGUGACAUGGUCUACUGCGGCUUGGAGGGAUGGAUGCACCCGCUCCGGCACGUUAUGAUGUACAACGACCUCGGGCAUCCUCUCUGCGGUCAUCUUCGCGAGGGCUCUUGGGCGCUUGACUAUGUCAGCGAUCGCCUCUUCAGGCAGACGGAGCUGUUGCCCAACCUCGAGAAGGCGGCGAACUGGUUCAAGGAGCGCUUUGAGCGCGUCAAGGCUGGCGUCCCGCCGCACCUGCGCCCCAAAUACUUCGCCCUCGUCAUCUCUGCGGCUUACAAGGCCGCCCGUCGCUCGGUCAUUGAACAAUCCUCGGAGUUCGUCUCCUCAGGCCACGACCUUACCCACGACCUCAGCCUCUGCUCCAUUCAAAUGCAUGGUCUCGUCAAGUCGGCGUCGCUGGACCCGGCCAAGCCAACACCGUCUCUCGCCGCUGGGCUGCCGCACUUUGCGGCGGGGUGGGCGAGGUGCUGGGGUCGGGAUGUGUUCAUUUCGCUCCGCGGGCUGUUCUUGACGACGGGCAACUUCGAGGGCGCGAGGAACCAUAUCCUGACGUUCGCGUCGACGUUGAAGCAUGGCCUUAUUCCGAACCUCCUGGACUCUGUGCGCACUCCGAGGUACAACUCGCGUGACUCACCUUGGUGGAUGGUCCAGAACAUCCAGGACUAUGUCAACAUGGCACCCGAUGGCAUCUCCCUGCUGUCCGAGCCCGUGAAGCGCCGCUUCCCAAAGGACGAGACUUGGGUGCCUUGGAACGACCCUCGCGCGUACGCGUACUCCAGCACCGUCGCCGAGAUCAUUCAAGAGAUCCUGCAGCGCCACGCUGACGGCAUCCACUUCCGCGAGUACAACGCCGGCCCGAACCUAGACAUGCAGAUGAAGGACCCGGGCUUCAAUAUUGACAUCGACGUCGACUGGAACACGGGCAUCAUCUUCGGCGGCAACGAGUUCAACUGCGGUACCUGGAUGGACAAGAUGGGCGAGUCCGAGCGCGCGGGGACGAAGGGCAAGCCGGGGACGCCUCGAGAUGGCGCGCCGGUGGAGAUUACUGGCCUGCUGAAGAGCACUUUGCGCUGGCUGGCGAAGUUGUCGGCGAGUGGCAAGUUCCCUUUCAAGGGCGUUGAUGCGACGAUCAACGGCCAGAAGACGUUCGUCACGUAUAAGGCAUGGUCGGACCUCAUCCAGGAGUCGUUCGAAAAGUGUUACUACGUUCCUACCGACCCGGCGCAGGACAGCCAUUACAAUAUCAAGACGUCUCUGGUCAACCGUCGCGGCAUCUACAAGGAUGUGUAUGGCUCGGGAGUUGGCCGCGACUGGUCCGAUUACCAGCUUCGCUGCAACUUCCCAAUUGCCAUGACCGUCGCUCCUGAGCUUUUUGACCCUCACCACGCUCUCGGUGCGCUUAAGAUCGCCGACAAGGUCUUGCGCGCGCCGCUUGGUAUGAAGACGCUGGACCCGGCGGACUUGCAGUACAGGCCGAACUACGACAACUCAAACGACUCGACGGACCCGUCAGUCGCCAAGGGUCUCAACUAUCACUGCGGUCCCGAAUGGGGUUGGCCUUUGGGCUACUUCCUGCGCGCGUACCUCGACUUCGACAGCCGUGUUGGUGCCGGCAAAGAUGACAUCACUGUGACUCUGCACUACCUGUACAACGCGCUCUUGACAGUCCGCAAGCAUAUCAAGGACGACCCUUGGGCGGGUAUCCCCGAAUUGACAAACGAGAACGGAUCGUAUUGCCAUGACUCGUGCCGGACGCAGGCGUGGUCUGCGUCCACCCUUCUGGACACUCUUCAGGCGGCUCGCGAUGUUCAGAACCUGUAA